AUGAAUAAUCUCAAUAAUCAACGAGAUAAAGUUGUGCUUCCAGGAAAUUUGUCGGUUGAAUGUUUUGAACAAGUAUUGAUUCAUUUUAAAAAUGAUCCCGCAACUCUUUUUCAAUGCUUAUUUGUCAAUAGACUUUGGUGUCGUCUUUCAAUACCUUUAUUAUGGAGUCACCCUUUUGAAUAUCAUGGAUUUGGUGAAUUGGCGGCAAAUAUAGUUCAAAUUUAUAUCGCAUGUUUGCCAGAAGAUGAAAGACAAAUUUUGAUUGAUGAAGGAUUAGAACUUCCUGAAUCUAUAUCGCCACUUUUUGAUUAUCCGAAAUAUUUACAAAGUUUUGAAUCUGCUCAUUUCACGGGUGCUAUUAUGUCAUGGCUUUCCACCAGGGUUAAAUCGUGGUCAAGUUACCUCGAAGGACGAGAUUUAGAUAUUUAUCCAUAUACCAACUUUGUUCAAACGAUUCUUGGAAACCUUUUAUUUAGUCGUAGCAAAGGGAUAAGGGAUUUAGACAUCGUGCACUUUGAUGAAGAUGACGAUUCGCUUAUCGCGGACAUUAUAUCAUUUGACGAAGCGAAUCGAGCUUUAUCUAAGCUUGAAAAAUUUCAGUUUGAUUAUUCGGGAUGGUCUGAACAAGAAGAUAAAUCGUCCGAAAUCAUUUCAAAUCUUUUUGAUUUUAUGACCAAUUGCUCUCGUAACAUUCAACAUAUUUAUAUUAAUAUCACAAAUAUCUCUGAACAAGAUUUGAAACUUCAACAAAUUGCGAAAAGUAUCUCGAAAUUAAUUCAAACGCAACACAAUUUACGUGAUCUCGUAAUGUUAGAAUUCUGGAAUCCUACAGCUUCAGCUACAAUUUUUAAAGCGUUACCAGUUCAAGCACAUUCUUUAACAUAUCUAAGACUUCAUGACCUGUAUCAGUAUCAAUUUCGUCUUUUAUUACCAAUCCUACCAAUUUUAAGAAAAUUAGAAACCUUACAAAUUAUUAGUAUUCACCCGGGUGAUGAAGAACCCAUCAAGAAUGUAGAACUACCAGAACCUAUUCACCUUAAGCAUUUACAUUAUCAAGAAGACAAAUACCGGGUGGAUGUAUCAGCGCUUAUAGGAGCAAUCCUAGAGAUGGCAAAUGUAAACCUGGAGACGUUAUCAUGUGUUCAUGUCACAUCUGAACUCGUCGAGAUUAUUGGACAAAAAUGUCCUAAUCUAACACAUUUAUCUUUAUCGUUAGCAACACCAGAAAUCCCUGUUUCAGUGUCUGGUUUAUUAACGUCAACACUUUAUCUUCGACAUUUUUCCAUUUACAUAAAUUCAGCAGAAUUUCCUUUUGCUACAACUGAGAAUUUACAUCAAUUCGCAAAAUCAUUUCCAAAAUCUCUUUUAUACUUUGGGUUUUAUAUGUCAAUUACUCCAUAUAUUUUGGAUUUCUUUUUAAAAGCAUGUCCAGCCUCAUUUCAGAUUUUAGCCGUAUAUAGACCAGAAAUUAUAGAUGAAAAUUUAUUAAAGGUUCUGAUAAAUUAUGCCAAUGAGAGAAAAUCUUUAAAAAAAUUAUUAUUGGAAGAUUUUUAUUCAUAUGAGGGAAGGGUCAUAACUGCUGCUUUAAAAGAAGCAAAAACCGUUAUACCCAUUAUUCAACAUACAAUUAGUUGUGAUGAACCAUACUCUGGGCCUGUAAUGGAUAAUCCAAGAGAUUUAGAUGAUGUGUGGGAUAAAGUGUGA